AUGUUUUCGUGUUCGUCCUUGUUUUUUCUUGUUCUUAUCUCAUUGGAACGUGCGUAUGCUGUGGUUUGUCCUCUUCGCCAUCGGCUCGCCUCCAACAAAUCGUACAUUUGGUGUAUUGUCACCGUUUGGGUUAUCGGCGGAUUCGUGGGUGCAGUACUUUUAUUAGAUACAGCCAAAAUGUGGAAUCAUGAAAUCUCACAGUACAUUAUUUGCUCUAUGAUAUUUUCCGCUCUGGCCAUAAUCUGCGGCAGCUAUUGGAGCAUUCGGAAUAAACUUUAUUCCAGAGAUGUCCCGGCUAUCAAUCGAAGUAGUCGAAAUAACGUCGAACAAAACAUAAAACUAUCGAAGACUUUGUGCAUCGUAACAGCUGCCUCUUGUGUUUGUUGGCUGCCGGGGAGCAUUCUAUACUUUGUGAACGCCGUAUGUAAAUGUCGUAUAUCUAUGGGUGCUCUCUAUGCUACAACACUUUUUAAUAUAGCGAGCUCGUUCGUAAAUCCAGUUAUUUAUAGCUUUAGGAUGCCUAUCUUUAAAGAGCCACUCAGUAAGUUAAAACCGAGAAGGACAUGGAAUAACAGGAGAAGUUCAAAGGCUGUUGUAAAAAGCCCAAACGAUCUGUCCAAACCAGUAGCAAUGCUGGAUUUCAAUGAAAUUCCCUAUAGUUAAGGACUGUACCACCCUCUCUAUGCUCAAGAAAGGAAAUUUUCAACAUUCGUAAAUUACUUAUACAGCAAAUGCACUGAGCUAAUCGAUGUCAAUGUAAUUCAAUGUUACCCAAGUUUAUUUUUCGCCAGAAACGUUCAACAAAUAUGACAGCCGUACUUGGGAAAAUGAAACCAGGCUCUAGGCUGACCAACAUCUCAAAUCUAAAAGUGAAGUACAUAGACGUAGUAAUUAUCGGUGAAAUCCAGAAAACAGUUAUUAUUUCUCUAUGUAUUCAGCAGAGCCCGAGGGACGUUUUCGCGGAAGGAAACAACUCAUUAGGAAAUUUGUACUUUCAUUUCUCUGGACGUGCAAUUUAAUAGAUAAGUAAUUAAUCUGCUUUUAAUGUGAUCUGCUUCCAGAUAAGUUCAAAUAAUUUCCUCUUUGUCGAUUUACUCGCUUCUAAAUCAUCAAAUCUUAAAAAACGUAUUUAUUAAAGAGGAAAACAUUUUGCCUAAAAUAUGACAAGGAGAAGUCUUUCACGCCUUCCCCUUUUUUUUUUACUUUGAAACCUAUUAGCCUUUUAUGGUAUGAACCUUUUUCAUUACUCACUCGAUUGUUUCACUCUUGUUGCUUGACUAUCCAACAGAGCGGAGAAAUCAUGCAAUGGUUGAUGAAAAGCCGACAGGGGUUUUAUUCUGAAAUUUUCGUGAUCAAGUCCUGAAAAGAUUUCACUUUAUGCUAAAUUGUUUUAGAAAAUGGCGCUGUUUCAUUUAGUCAAUCAGUUUACAUGCACUGUGCUGAAGGCGAAUCAGACAGAGACAAAAUCAGUUUUAAAGUGGUCAAACUGCUCAUCUUUCUUAAAAAAAAUACCAUUUUAGGCGAACAUAUAGCUUGUAAUAUGUAUAGCUCCCCUUCCGGCGCAUGUGUUAUUUAUCCAUGACGCAAUGCGGUGUCCCAACAUAUAAAAUUGAAAUUGGGGACUCUGUGCUUCGUAUAACCUCAAAGUUUCCGUUACGAUCGGCUGGAGGUUCGUUGUUAGUUAACGGUCAAGGCUGAGUUGUGUCAAAGAUUCUAUUCUGAAAUUGAUCCGGUUUUGGGAGCCAUGUCAGCCUCGACAACUGCCUUAUUUUUUUCCGUCAUCAAUAUCAUCCAGGCAUUAGUGAUAUUAGCUAGUAACGCUUUUACCAUUUAUGUAUUUGUUCAACGAAAACUCUGCUUAAAAAGAACUGCUUUUCUUUUGAUAAAUCUGGCUGUGACGGAUUUUCUCAUAGGCGCUGGAGCACUGUUAGAAAUAAUUUUCCUCUCAUUUCGGAAAAUAACUGUGAAGGCGAUCAUUUACGACGAGCCACUCUCCGCAUUUCAGAUUUCAUUUUCGUGUUCGUCGUUAUUCUGCUUGGUGGGAAUAUCUUUAGAGCGCGUUUAUGCAGUACUCUGGCCAUAUCGUCAUCGAACCAUAAGUACAAAAUUCUACAUCGUGAACAUUGCUUUAGCUUGGAUUGCUGGAAUAACUAUUGGAGUACUCUACACACUGGUCUCAUUAGAUGUAAUUCGUAAAGAAGCUAACAUCCCCACCGAAUUAGCACUGCUUUGUUCGUUAGCCAUUUUUGUUGCAUCGUACGCGGCGAUUCGCAACCGAAUGAACAAAACUGUGCUGUCACUCGAUGCUCACAAUCGUCACACAGAGGAACAAAAUAUGAAACUAUCCCGUACAUUGAUCAUAGUUACAACUUUGUCUCUCCUACUUUGGGUGCCCGCCAUCGUGGUUACCGGCGUUCAAGUAAACUGCAACUCUUGUUCUGAAGCAGUAGUUAGACUACAAAUUGUCUCCAGUACAAGGGUAUUACAUCUGUCGAAUUCUAUAGUUAACCCAGUUGUCUACAGUUAUCGUAUGCCUAUGUUUAGAGAAGAGAUGAAAAAAUUCCUGAACAAAAUUAGAUGCUUUAGAUGUAUCACGAGCGAGAAUACAGUUCAGUCUGGUCAGUUGGAAUGUUUUAAUAGCCAUCUUUAGCAAGUAGGUCUGAGAUGAAUUUGUAUAUAAAAGACGUUCGACUGAUGCUCUCUGUUUUCUACGAGCGGGAGGAUCUGCAAAUGAAAGAUCAUGUAUGAUUCCAAAGCAAGGUUUUAGAAAGUAGCAAGCAGAAGUCUACAUACAUAAAAACUUAAUCAGGUUAGAACUGAGAGAACGUGGAUAGGACGUAGAGAAGUAAUAGUUUAGAUUAUCAUGUGUAUAUUGAAAACUCCCUGCUUAAUUGUAAUUUUUUUGAAAUGCAACUUUGUUUAAUAUGUAACGUAAAGAUCUUUAAGAUGUCAUGAUUAACUUAAACUUGUUCGCACAGUCAGCAAAAAGUAACUAAUACAAGAACUUGAGAAAACAGACAGACGUUACUGAGUAAUUGCUUGCAAUUCAAAGAAAAAAACAAAAACUUAACAGUUAAAAAAAACCAGAAAAAAAAGGUUACAUAUGGCGGAAUAAGUCUAUAUUAUAUUUAUUACAAAGUUAUGUUGAAAAACAACGACGACAAAAACAUGUAGGAAUGCAAAAAAGCUUCUGAUGAAAGUUAUAGGAGGCGUCUACAAGCCUCUCUAAAAAGCAUAAAGCUUUCCUGCUACACCUUAGAAUGAGUAACAAGUGCCAAAAUUAGGCAAGUUGCAAUGUUUUGCAGAUAUUUUAAAUCAAUUUAGCUAGUCAUGAGAAUGUGUAAAAAGAAAAUUUUGCUAUAUAUCUUAACAGAGGACGUGAAAGGAAAAUAAAGGGAGAGCUUGUACAAAGAUCUUAGCAUGUCUUUCAUUUUCUACAUCUCUUUAUCAACUUAGUUUUCUUUUCAUUAAACUGUCUUGUUAUUAUUUUCUCAUGCAUGCCAUAUUUAAUUAAAAAAUUAAAAAACCCAACCAUAACUAGACAAAAUGACUGUAAUGAAGUUCAAGUCUUGACCAAUCAAAAUUCCGCCUUGCUUAUUUUAUCUUAGUCUAAGAUAAAUUUGCAUCCAGUUUUAUUAAAACAGGUCCACAACAGUAGUAGUCUCUCUGCAAGAACAAACAGUUAUUGGCACAAUUCAUUUAUUUUAAAUUUUUAAUCAAGGUAUAUAAGUUAAUUUAUAUACUCAUAUAAGUUAAUUUAGCUUUUUAAAGGUAGUACCCGGUCAUAAGUUCGGCGAAUUCCGACCACAGUCAGAGCACAAAUGCCUCAAACACUCUUCAUGCUAUUUUGUUUUCUACUCUCAGUCGAGGCCCUUGUCAUUUGCAUUGGAAAUGCAUUUGCUAUUUUUGUUUUUUGGCAGAAGAGGCUUACUUUGCGACAAACCUCGUAUCUGUUAAUCAACCUCGCAGUUUCUGAUCUUCUGGUAGGCGUAUGGGAAUUAAUAUCACUCGCUUCUGGACAGGUUCCAAACCUUUUCGGCGUGUCUUUUCUCAAAGAUACCCUGAUUCCCCUGGUAAACUUCAUCACGACGUCUUUGACAAUUUUUUUCUCUUCUUCAUCUAGUUGUUGCCUCGCUCUUAUAUCAAUUGAACGAGCUUUCUCCGUUCUGAGGCCAAUUCGCCACCGAACAGUGAGCCUAAGAGUUUAUUUUGGCGCCAUUACCUUCGCCUGGACCGCUGGGAUGGGCACAUCAUUGAUCUUUUUGAUACCAGUUUUCUCUGCGUCCGAUAAAAUGCCCUCAACCGUGGCUGUAAAUGUAGUUUAUCUGCUCUCUAUAAGUCUUGUUUGCACAGGCUACCUGACUAUAUGCAAGUACUUGAAACGCACGCAUCCGUACUCUUGCAAUCAAAACAGGAGUUAUUUGGAAAGAAACAAGAAACUUUCCCAAACGUUGUUACUCGUCAUAGGAUUGUCGCUUGUCUGUUGGCUGCCAGGUCUAAUUUUGUACACACUGGGUGAUUUUUGUCCUGUUUGUAUCUCGGCGCCAGUGAUGCUGACAGGGAGGGUUCUACAUCUCGCUAACUCAGCAGUGAAUCCAGUUACAUAUAGUUUCAGAAUUCCCAUAUUCAGGGAAUCUUUGAGGAGACUAUUUAGAGUACAAGAACACAGAGGAAAUGGAUAAAUACAACUUCAUUCGUUUCAAGUAGAGCCUGUAAUCUGCCGUGAGAACAUAUUUACAUUGAUUCUAAAGUUGUUCUUGAAAUCGGAAAUCAUCAAUAAAACGUAUACGCCAAAUGAUCGGCACAUUUGUCAUGACCUCAUUUACACUGCGUUCUACAAAGUAAAAUGUACACCCUAUAGGGGGAAGGGUGGGGUCCCUAAAGCGUGUUAUCUGAAUGGGUAUUCUCCACCAUAGGUAAUGAUUUUUAUAGGUUAGAACAGGGAAUUUGUGGUCAUCACACGUUUAGGCGAGGGAAAUUGUCAUCGCGGCACUAUGAAGGUUCUAAUUAGAGAGCCUUGCGAUUAUUACUCAAACAAGAGGCGAAUAGCAGGUGUAUAGUGCCUCUUUUUCAAAGCAAUGUUCCUGUCUUUUCUUUGUCAUGAAAAGUAAUUGCACAAGUCAAUACAAAUUCACCCGUUAUAUAUCAAUAUAGAAUUUGGGAAUUAAAAAAACUCAUCAACAAUGAAGAGAUUUCCUGUGGUGUAAGAGAAUAUGAAUAUGAUUCAUUCUGAUCACUAUUCUCAACUUUAAUCAGAAAAAGAUCAUUUGAAAUGCUCAAAAACAGCCCUAGGUGUUUAAACAUAAUUCAAACUCAUAUGAAAUUGUUAUUUUAGCUCCAUUGUAUGCAUGUUCGUUGUUAGUCUGAGGAAAAAGGGGGAAAGGGAAAAUUAACAAUAAUAGGAGACUCAAUUGGACGUUUAUUAUCACCUGGUAGAAAUUCAUGCACUCCUUAACAAAGGUUUCUAUUCCUCUUUUUGAUUGUUAUUUUUUUUCGUUAGAAAUACUAAUGCAUUGGAACAAUACUCGCCGUAAGAUCCACUUGCAGUAAGGGAGAAAACGUUGCAUGACGAGACCAAACAACGACUGCGAAGGUGACUGCCCUUCUCUCUGCCUAUGAUAUGGAAAUUUCUACUAUAGUGAUCUUUGCCGUAAUUUUUUUCCUUGAAGGAGUGUUCAUCCUCGCGGGAAACAUUUUUUCCAUCUUUGCUUUCUGGAAACAUCGCGCUGAACUGAAAAGAACUUCAUAUCUCCUGGUAAAUUUGGCUGUGGCUGAUCUCUUAGUUACAGUCGACAUUUCAUUUCUCGUCGGCAGCGGAAUAAAAUAUCUCACCACAAAGAGAGUAAUUCAGGAUGAUUGGUUGUUUAUCAUGAUCUUUACUUUGGACGCCUUUUUUGGGAUGGCCUCGCUGCUUAGUUUACUAGUAGUAGCCUUGGAGCGUCUCUAUGCAGUUCGCUGGCCUUUCCGUCACCGUAUAUUAAACGCUAGAAGUUAUAUCGUCACUAUUUUAUUUAUAUGGCUAACUGCGGCAGGUUGUGUUUUUUUAUACCUCGAGACAAUCUAUAACUAUUUCCAGCUAGGGGUUGCUUGUCCCUUAACAUUAGUCCUAAUAGCUGUUUCUGCGUUGGUUAUCAUUAUUGCCGCAUACAUGUUCAUCUGUAGGCAAACACGUCGGAAUAAUCCCGAAGGUUUCAACGAGAGACAAGACCAGCAGAACAAAAAAUUGACGAAGACUUUGUGUAUUGUAACAGGACUAUCAAUCAUAUGUUGGCUGCCGGGAAUUGUCUUAUCGAUUUGCACUUAUUUAACUGACGAUGUGAUGACAACCCACAUUAGUAGACUUAGAGCUAUCCUACUUGCGAAAAUGUUUCAAUAUUUAAAUUCUGUUGUAGACCCGAUCGUCUACGCAUUUCGAAUGCCACUGAUUAAGAGGAAAAUCGUGGAAAUAUUUUCUAAAAUCUCGCCCAAGAAGAAACGAAGUCAUGAUACAAGUCGUGCAAAAGAGUUAGAUGCAACAGCUCUUAGGAAAAAAAAAAGAAGUAACUUUACAGAAUUUUGAGACAAGACUGUAAACAGGGAAUAUACCCUGUAAAAUGUUUUGCAAAAACCGAGCAUUAGUUUUGGAACUGACAUCCGCUGAUAAGGAGAAUUAAAUGAUAUGCGAGGAAUAUUAUUAUUUCCCGUUAUUUCCAUAAUAGGAUUGAAGUAUGAGAGGAUGAAAGCUGAUUGGAUACCUGUUACCCUUCUUCUAUUGCAGAAAAAUUGUCUCUUGCAUGCAAAUUUUUAUAAAUUAAAUUUAUUUUAGACAUGUUUGUUCAGGCGAAAUAGCAAGAAAAAUAAAGAUUUCUUUUGACUUGAUGAAUGAAAGCAUGUUUAUCAAUUGAUUUCUCUCAUGAGAUUUCUUUUGUAAUUAAGUUCGUGAUAAAUGUAGCAAUGCUUGUUUUUGCACCAAAUGUUUUUUCCCGUGGCGUGUAAUUGCAUGGUUUUUAGUUAUUAAAUUUACAAUUUACAAUGGGGCAACUUUUCCGUAAAUACCUUUUUGGAAGCUGUUUGUGUUAAAACAAAGAAAGGCCUAACACGUUAUUUGUUCCUCGGUUUACCUAAUUCGGUUUCAAAACAUUGCAAUUUUAAUUUUUCGACCAGGUUGAUUUGAAUGUAAUCACAUUCAUUAAAUGUGAUUAAAUCACCUGUGAGUAUUUGGAAUCAUUUUCGGGUAGGUUUCAUUUUCGUAAAGAAGAACCUAUUUAUUUAAGAACAUGCAAAUUUGGCCCGCUCGACUUGUUUGGAAGUUGAUAACUCCAACUUUAUAAAUACUGUCCAUGACUGAAAGGAGCGAUUUCUGUUUUUGUCAAAAUCAAGCCAAGCUUGAAAAAACGCACAGCACAGAAUUUAUUGGAUCAUUCGUUUGACGGAAGAGAACCUGGAAAGAUUUUUACUAAUGGAAAUUUCCUCUGCCACUAUAGUGACAUGCACCUUUAGUGUGAUUUACUUCUUAGUGGCAUUUUUUAUCCUUCUGGGUAACAUUUCAACCAUCUUUGUGUUUUGGAAACAUCGGGGCGAGUUAAAACGAACUUCGUAUCUCCUGUUGAACUUAGCCUUCGCUGAUCUUUUAGUGGGAAUCAGCGUUUUGGAUGUUGCUGCUAACGGAAUACAACAUCUGGCUUCACACAAGCAAUCCAGGUUUUGGAAGUUCAUCAUUACCAAUGGGUUUGAUUCUUUCUCUGCAUUCGUUGCACUAAUCAGUUUACUAGCAAUGACAUUAGAACGUCUUUAUGCAAUUCGAUGGCCUUUCCGUCACCGCACGAUGAGCAUCAGAAGUUAUAUCUACAGCGUUGCAUUCGUGUGGAUACUGGCGGGAAUAAUGUUCAUUUUUGAUUUUCUCUCAGUUUUUUUCCACAAUGAAGCGAUUGGUCUUUCCAAAGCCUCUUCCAUAAUUGUGGCAUUAGUGACAUCUUUUUCCUUAGCGAUCACUUGUGCCUCGUACGUACUCAUUCGCCAACAAACGCGUCAGAAUAUUCCCGGAAUUCGAGUGCAGCAAAACAAGAAACUAACUAACACGUUGUUAAUUGUAACUAUUGUUUCUGUUUUCUGUUGGCUACCUCUAAUAAUAUAUUGUACCGCUGUAUUUGGAUGGUCUUUAAUUGAAGAUGUAGCCAGUAACCACUCAUACUAUACUUUACUAAUUGUAAAAACUUUACAAUACUCGAAUUCCAUGGUAAACCCUAUACUUUAUGCCUUUCGGUUACCCAUGUUCAAAUUAGAGCUUCAAAAAUGCUGCUCUAAGUUUUUUCCUUCGUAG